CGGCAUUCAAAUGUAAAGAUCUCCUGCCUUUGCCGCGUAAAAACACCUGCAGAUAUCGACAAACGAGCAAAUCUAUAAAGUGGAAAUGCUGCUUCUUCUGUGCUCCUGGAUUAUUGCCGGGGUCACGGCGGAGGACUCGUCAGUGACAUAUUAUCAACUGAGAAACAGCUCAGUGUGUCUGCGUCCUAGAAAACCACCACCGUAUAUUAGUGUGGUAUGGAAGAUUGGAGGAAAAGUGGUUGUUUCUGAUAAAGGAGUCAAUCCCAUCUUUGCAGGGAAAGUGUUUGCUCCUGGAAAUCACUCACUGUGUAUUAAUCAACUGACGGACACAGGUGCUGCCAUCUAUGAAUUAUUUGUAGUUGACUCAGCCUAUAAUGCAGUAUCAGAGAGACACCAAGUCAUUGUUGAAGAACCUGUUCCUGAACCAGAGGUGAUGAUAACAGUCCUUCACUCCAACCUGUCUGCUGGACUGUGGAGUACCACAGUGAACUGCUCCAUCCAGGAUGACUGGCUGUGGUCCGUGUGUGAUGGAGAGAGCUGCAGAGAUGCUCAAAAAUCAUUCAGCAAGGUCAACAUCAGCAUCUCUACCGACAACUCCAGUGUUGUCUGCAGCGGCGAGAACCACGUCAGCAAAAAUAAUGCGUCUAAAAGAGUACAGAUCUGUUUCUAUCAGUCUAUCCUUGAGCAUAAAGCUCAGACACACGUGUUACCAGUGGUAAUAAGACUUGUUGCAGUGUGUUUAUGUCUAUGUGUAUGUACUGCCUGUGUGGUUAAGAAGCUCCAUUCACCAGCAUGCAACCGCCAACAAUCUGAACCCUCCUACGAGAACGUAGCAGAGUCGUCAUAGAGCUCCACGAAAUAAGCAGCCCAAGACAACAGAGGCUGGAUCCAAGGUGCUGAAUGUGAAGAGGUUGGUGAGAGUGACAGCAGUAAAGACGCAGGCACAACAGCUUAUGAUGGUUGACAGAGUCUAGACUGAAACAUGUACAGGAACAGAUACAUGGAUGGAUGGAUCAUAGAUCGAAGUAUAGAUGAAUGGAUGAAAGACUUUGGACGAUGAUUAUGAUGAUAAUGGAUGGAUGUAUAAUUGCAUAUAUUUCCCCAUCUAUGCUAUUUCCCCUUCUCUUUCUCGUGUAAAAUGUCAUUUCUAAUGCUCACCAUUAUGUAGUUACCAACCACUGUAAAAUAUCAUGUAUGUGAACAACAAUACAUUUACAACAACAGUAUUGAUUAAA